CAGUCCGGAACUUGAACUAUUUUGCGGGAGCAGCGGGAAGCUGUUUGAGCUCCUCCGACCGACGAACAGCUUAUAUAACGUACUAAACCUACAGUUGUUCGCAAUGAGUGCCAAAAAGCGACGGGGAACCAGAGUGUCGGCAGCGCCUCCAGUGGAGAGCGAAAAAGCGUCAGCUUUUGAUCAAAUGGAUUCCACCAACCUGUCCUCUAUAGACAAAGCUAGCUUCCUGGCAGGGUUACAGAUAAAUUAUGACAACCCUCUGCACAGUACCGCCAUGGAAGAAGAUUUAAAUGUGCCUGAAGAAGAACAGAACAGACCAGAAAACCCAGGAAAGGCCACCGGCGGACAGCGUGGAUCUGCUGUAAAGAGGAAUGUGGCAGAGGAAGGUCGAGAGAAUAGGAAGGAAGAAAAGAAGGUAGAGAGGGGCAGGAGAAGUGCUGGUGAGAAGGGCCAAACCAGCCCUGAGAAGGAAGCCACUGCAGAUGAACAAGCAGAGCCACAUGUGGAGGUACAUAAAUCUGUCCCAGAGAAGGACAGUCAGCCUGCUCCUAAAGCCAUACAGAAGCGUUUAAUUGGGAAGAAGCCUGCCAAGAGGAGAAGUGCAAGGCCUGUGAAUAAUCAGCAAAGGAAGGAGGACAAGAAGAGAAAAAGUGAGUCUGCUAGUGGAAGAUCAAGUGACAGUCAGUCACAGAGCUCUGGCCCCGCCCCACAGAAGAGCAGGCGAGUGCUUUCAUCUGAUGAGGAGGAUGUGGAUGUAGACUCCAGCUGGAAUCCAAGUCCAAAGAAGGCCGUGAGGGGAAGCUUGGGAAGAAUGAAAAAGUCUUUGUACGAGAAAUCCAAAGCUAGGAAGUCUUCAUCAGGCAGUGGAUCCGGAGAACCAGAACAGGCCAGCACAGGCGAGCAGAGGAGGAAGAAACGAGGCCAACACAGAGGGACAGAGUUGGAGGUGCUGCUGGAUUCCUUCCUUGACUUCUGUGAGCAGUACAGGGAGUCUGUGGGGUCUAAAGCUGUCAGACACACCAUUGAUUGUUUCUCCAGCAAUGUCAAAGACCAGCUCACAGAAAAGAUCACUUCACUUAAAGAGCUCAAGGUUUUAAAAAGAGAAAACAACAAGGUGGGCUCUUUGAUCCGUAAAAACACGCAGAGACUGUUUGAUGCCAAGCAUGAGAUGAUGAGAGCAGAGAGGCAGGCAUGGUUGCUGGAGAAGGAGAAAGCUGAACUUCAGCAGCGGUUAGCUGACCUGAGACAAAGCCAGGCCUUCCUCCAUGACAUCAGAGAGCUCAACCGACAGUACCUGGACUACAGACAAAAACACCCCAAUGAGAAAGAGACGUACGGGGCCUCCAGCUUACCAGCUCUGCUCUUGGAGACGAAGCACAUUAAAACAGCAGAGAGAAAAGAGACUUAAAAUGAGUCUGGGAAAUGACACAAAUGCAGAACGUUUAAAGCUCCCAGAGACUGCACAAUAUGAGAUGAGAGGCUGGAAGCAGCUUGACGGUUUGGAUUGUAAUGUAUGGUGUAGAUAAGGCUUUGUAUAUAACACUGUCCUGUUCAUUUAGAUCAUAAAUGUAAACUGGAUGAUUACUAGAAGAAUGACAUGUUUUAUAGAUUAAUAAUAUGAAUACAUUCAUAUUGUAUUUAAUAAAUUCAAAUAACGGAACCAGA